CUAUGCCCGUAUCGUCACCAGGACCAGCGGAAAGCCCGAUCACUGAUGAUCAUUUGGGUAUACCUGCUCUCGACUCGGCUAGGAUCCCAAAUGUGCUGGACGCAUGUCAUUCAAACAACUCUCUGGAGACGGAUCAGCUGGAAGGCCCCAACAGCGAUGUGCACAAGACAUGCCUCUCGAUCGUGCCGGAGUUCUCCAGUGCGAGCCUUACUGUGCUCCAAGAAGCCUGUCUCGCCUCGUGGCCGAGCGGGUCACAGAAAAUCGCACAAUGAACGAGAUGCAGUACGAGAUGCUCGGAGCAACGCCGUCGCUGCAAUGUAUCACACGCGCGCAGAAGGACACCAUCUAGACGGGUUCGAAUAUCCAACAGCUUACGAUUUAUACAUAAGGCUGGACGUCAGUUUAUCGUCUGAAACAUGAAGGCCUGCUGCGCUGGGGUUUCAUUUCCGAUGAACUACCAGCGACAUCCUCCUACACGUUGAGGCCGGUCGUAAAAUUUAUUACAAGCACCGCGAGGCGAACAGUGCGGGCCCGCCCGUUGAGGACUCUGUUCGAAGGUGUCAUGCAGCUAAGCGCAUCGACGUAUUGUAAGCUCCACAUCUUCCAAGAAAUUCAGGUACAUGUUCGUUUACCUGCAA